AUGGCUACUCCGGCUGCGCUACCACCACUGCCGUUCAACCCGUCCCGGGUUCGGUCAUAUCUUGUGCGGCUACCGUUAUUUACGCGAUUGGUGCUUUUGGUGAUUCUGGCAUUCUGGUUGCUCGAGUUUCAGACGAUCUGGAGCGUGGUGGAAUGGGGAUCCCUCACCCCAGACCUGAUUAACCUGGGAACCAUGUAUCGCCUGAACACUUUCCCUAUCAUCCACACUGGGUUCUUUCACGCCGCAUUGAAUGCUCUGGCAUUGACUCCUCUCUUGGAACGUUUCGAGGCGGAGCAUGGUACCCUCACGUCCAUCGCGCUGUUUGUCGGACCGCUUUCCACCUUCCCGGCCGGUCUUUAUCUCCUGUUUGAGAAAGUCAUCUUGCACAGAAAUACGCCCGUGGUUGGCGCCAGUGUCUGGGUCUUUUUGCUUCUGGGCUCCGAGGCCAUUCGGACAUACAAGACAAACCCUCACUUUAGCCUCGGACCUUACAAGAUUCCCACCUGGACCUCGCCCUUGCUUGCCUGCGUUGUUCUUUCGAUCCUGGUUUCUAACGUGAGCUUCCUCGGCCACAUGUGCGCCAUUGCUGUGGGCUACCUCUUCGGACUCGGGUAUCUCAAGAUUUUUGUGCCUCCGGAGAAGGUCCUCCGCUGGAUCGAGGGCAAGCUCAACCUCCUAGGCCGCCUGCCUCACUAUGUUUCUGUGGAUCAGAAGACCUUCGGACGGUAUGGAGUUCUGCCCACUUCAAAUGCGGCUGCCAACGCCAACGGGACACCCAUGAGCUAUAUGAGCACCAACCAACGGUUGGGCGCGUGA